AUGGAGGUCCUUCUCUUCUUCAACCGCUGGUUCACGCUGCUCUACGUGCUCUUGACAGGCGCCAUCUUCGUCUACAAAGGCAUGUACCUCCCGUACCCGCCGACGGGUGCGUACACGUGGGAAGUCAUCUUCCUCUGUCUCUACUACAUCAUCGAUCGCAUCCGCAUCUUCCAAGCCUCCAAGGGCAACAAGACGGAGCAGGUCUUUCCGCUCGUGACGGCUUGUCUCUUGACACUGCCUUGCGUCAUCUCGCUCGCGUACUACAUCAGCCUGCAGACCUACGUACUGCAGCUCGACGUCAUUCUCAACGCGAUUGGCCUCGUCUUCCUCGGCCUCGAGUCCAUCUUUGGCCCGAUCACGACCCUCCGCCUGCUGCGGGCAAGUCGCUUUUAAGAAGACAGCAACAGUG